AGAACAAGGAAAAAACAUCAAGAGAAGGGUAAUAAUACUAAUACUAGUGGAUUUAAACAGUCCAAAAAUGUUAAAAUCAUAGGAAGAAAGGAACAGGGAGGUGUUGAAGGUUGACCCACCAAAGAAGGGCCAGUGAUUUGGACAAUAGCAAAUCCAUGGUUUGAACUUUUGAAGAUCAGCAGUUUGACAAAAAUGGGCGAAGAAGUUAAGCAACCAAAUACAUCUUCAACCAGGACUUUGUCUUUGUCUCUCUCACUUAAACCCACACUUUUCUCUUCUCUUCUCUUUUGUUCUUUUUUUUUCUCCUGAGUUUACUGGCUCUCUCUGUCAAUGGACAAGCACCAGCAACAGCUGUCUUUGGCAAAGAGUUCCACGCAAAGUUGCAAUGAAUGGAUUUUUAGGGAUGUUCCAAGUGAUAUCACAAUAGAAGUAAAUGGAGGGACAAUUGCUCUACACAAGUUUCCUCUUGUCUCUCGAAGUGGGCGAAUCCGGAAGCUAGUCGAGGAACAUAGGGACUCAGAUAUCUCAAGGGUGGAGCUUAUGAAUCUACCUGGUGGUGCCAAGUCAUUUGAGUUGGCAGCAAAAUUCUGUUAUGGCAUUAACUUUGAGAUUACACCCUUAAAUGUGGCUCAGCUCUGUUGUGUUUCGGAUUACCUCGAAAUGACAGAAGAAUUUUCAAAGGAUAAUCUUCACUUACAUGCUGAACAAUAUCUUGAAAGCAUUGUUUAUAAGAACCUGGAGAUGUGUGUUGAAGUUUUACAACAAUGUGAAAAUCUACUUCCUCAUGCAAAUGAGUUGAAUAUAGUUAGCCGUUGCAUAGAUGCAGUAGCCUCAAAGGCUUGUGCCGAGAAAAUUGCGUUGAGCUUCUCCCGGUUAGAGUACAGCAGUUCAGGUAGACUUCAUACAAUCAGGCAAGCCAAAUGUGAAGGGGAUAGGUGGAUAGAAGAUCUUUCAGUUAUUCGGAUCGAUUUGUAUCAAAGGGUCAUCACCGCCAUGAAAUGUCGCGGUGUUCGUCCCGAGAGUAUCGGAGCAUCCCUUGUGAAUUAUGCACAAAAGGUGCUGACAAAGAAAGUUGAUUUGGUAUCAACUGGACACCAAAAACUGGUGGUUGAGACAAUCAUUAGCCUUUUACCUGUUGAGAGACUUGCUGUUCCUAUAAGUUUCCUUUUUGAACUUCUUAGAAAUGCAGUGAUGCUUGAUUGCACUAUUGCUUGUAGGCUUGAUCUAGAGCGUAGGAUUGGAUCCCAGUUAGAUAUUGCAACUCUUGAUGACCUUUUGAUCCCAUCUUUUCGACAUGGAUGUGAGACCUUAUUCGAUGUGGAUACGGUUUAUAGAAUCUUGGUAAAUUUUUCUCAGCAAGAUGAUGGUGAAUAUGAUAUGGAUGAUGUAUCCAUUUUUGAAUCUGAUAGUCCUCAUUCACCAUCCCAAAGUGCACUACUCAAAGUUUCGAAAUUAAUGGAUGACUAUCUUGCAGAAAUUGCUCUUGAUGUAAACCUCAAGCUUUCAAAGUUUAUUGCAAUUGCAGAGGCUUUACCUGCACAUGCUCGUACCAUCCAUGAUGGCUUUUAUCGAGCCAUAGAUAUAUACCUGAAAACUCAUAAGGGUAUACUGGAUGCAGACAAGAAGAGACUGUGCAAAUUGAUUGAUUUCCAAAAGGUCUCACAAGAGGCUGGUGCACAUGCUGCACUAAAUGAACGGCUCCCCAUCCAAUCGGUAGUCCAAGUCCUUUAUUUCGAGCAGUUAAGGCUACGAAAUGCUUUAUGUUGUUCUCACACCGAUGGCAACCACAAGCCGGUGCACCACCAAUCAUGGCGGAUCAGCAGUGGUGCACUCAGUGCUGCAAUGUCUCCUAGAGACAACUAUGCGUUUUUGAGACGAGAAAACCGAGAGCUAAAACUUGAGCUCACUCGUCUUCGGAUGAGACUAAAUGAUCUAGAGAAAGAACAUGUUUGUAUGAAGAGAGAUAUGGCAAAGUCUCAUUCUCAUAAAUUUAUGAGUUCCUUCUCGAAGAAAAUCGCUAAACUACGCUUCUUCAGACAUAGUUCUUCGAGAGGAUCAAGUUCUCCCUCGAGGCAAUCCUACAGAGCAGAUUCAAAGGUGAUUGAGAGAACAUGUGCAAGCAUUGAGUAGGUAACUGAAAUUGCAUUCAUCCAUUCAUUGACAUCAUUAAUCAGGAUUCGAAUCUUCUGUCACCCUCUUCACUCCAUAUAUGUAAUGGUUAAAAAGAAGAAAAAGAUUGCCAAUACUUUUAUUAGUUAUAUUUCCAAAGUCAUUGUCAAUGCUAGUAGUUUUCAGCAACUUCGUUGUUUUUUUCUGCAA